GAUGUCUAAGCACGCCGUGCUGGGUCUGGCGAGGUCAGCGAGCAAGCAACUCGGAGCCUAUGGUAUACGGGUGAACUGUGUCUCCCCUGGAGCGAUCGCCACUCCAUUGCUCCGUGGAGCGCUCGGCGUGAGCAAGGAGGAAGGCGAGAGGAUGUUCGAAUCCAGGUCAUGCUUGAAAGGAGUGCUGAAAGCGAAGCAUGUGGCCGACGCCGUGGUUUUCCUCGCGUCCGAAGAGGCGGAAUUCAUCAACGGCCACAAUCUGGCGGUCGACGGAGGAUGUAAUGAUGGUCUAUCCCAGGGGAUCUAGAAAUAAAUGGUUGCAGUCUCUUUAACUUGC